AUGAUUAUUAGAGCAUCUCUAUCAAAAAUAAAUAAGGGUUUUAAAUAUAUGUGUAAUAUAUUUUAAGUUACAAAUAAAACUAAAGCGUUUAUAAGAAAAGUAUCUCGUAAGAUAUUUAAAUUUAUCUCAACUGAAUGAAAAAUUCAUCUCAAUUUGUUCUUUUCUUUUUAUUGUUUUCAUUUGUUAAUUACAAGAUACUUUAAAAGACAUUUAAUGAGAAACCACUAAUAGAAGUGCUUUAGGUGAUGAGUAGUGAGUUGGAAAAAGCAGUGCUGAGUGAAUAACAAUGUCAAUUAGGUAAGUUGCUUCAUUAGAUUAGAAUUGGAGUGUACUACGUUUUCAUUGAAGCCUUAACUAGAGGUCUUAUCAACCAAUCGACAUAGUAUAGUUUAAACCACAAAUCAAACAUAGUAUAAUUCAAACACGUCACGGAAGCGAAGAGCCCCAAAUUCACCGUGUCCAUCAGACCAAUGAGACCAUAUUACAUUUCAGAUUUAUUAACUUGUCAGUAGACAACCCCAAACCCACUCCUUAAAUUGAUCAGGCUUCGAAUGGUAAAAGCAGUUUAAGCAGGAUAGAUCAAACAGAUCAUGCAGAUCAAGCAGGACAAAUGUAGAUCAAACAGGACAAGUGCAGAUCAAGCAGAUCAUGCAGGAGAGAAUCAUAUCAAAUAAUUUUGUAUAACUUAUGAAUGACAAAAUCAGUUCAAAACUAUAGAUCAUAUAUUAAAACAAUAAAAAUGACACUUAAAUAUCUAAACAAAUAUCUUAGAUGUUAUAGGAUCGGCCGAAAUGUCUGUAAAUGUUUUUUAAGAUACUUAUACUUUUUUUUAUUUUCUUAUUUAUAUAAAUUAAAAAUUAUAUGACAAAAAAUAAUUAGUAGAGAAUGAUAAUUUUGUAUUGUUAAAGUUGUAAAUAAAAUAAAUUAAAAUAUUGUAUUCAUAAAACUAGAUAAUAUAUUUUUAAAGUUAUGUGUUGUAACAAAGUUAUUUAUUGACCAAACAAAAAAAAAGCAGAUCAACACAACCAAAUAUUGGCGGGUGCAGAUUUCCUGCUUUUUCCACAAAAAGACAGAAAAUAUUAAACUGCAUGCAGAUCUCCCGCUUGAACUGCUUUUGCAAACAGAAAAUGGUGAAUGGUGAAUGCAUUGCGGAAGAACUCCAUGUGCAGGAGAUCUGCACUUGUGCGCUCUUCCAUUCGGACACUGAUAAAAACAGUGCCUAAAUAUUCAUAUAUGUUGUGCCGUCACCAUGUUGUUUAUAAUAACCGGAACCAUAUCUCAAGACCCAAAUACACAUACGAUUUUCAUCUUUACGAUUUAUUAUAUAAUACCAUCAACUCUCAUUUUUGGAUUAUCCGUUUUUCUAUAAACAUUUACAUGAUCUUUUGAUUUUUGAGUAUUAUAGAAUCAUUGGAAAACACUCAAUACAAAGAUGUUUUUUUCCUGGUUUUCAAGACUAAAAAAGUUUAUAGUCUCUAAUCAAAUCAAAUUUCCAAAGAUAAUUACAAACACUAGUCGAUCUGUCCUAGACUCCUACAAAAACACUUUAAAUUAAUAGAAAAGCCUUAAACGAGUUCCUCUUUAAGUCUUAACAAUGUCAAAUACUAACUCUAAAAAGUAAAACCAAAACCUCCACCAAACCUCUUGAGUGCCUAAAUUUUUUCACCCUGGGUGUUGUUAUUUAAGGCAGCUAUGUUUAGUGACAUCGCUGAUAAAGUGACAAGUGACGAACCAGCUGGAAAAAUACAUUCUCGGUUCGGGCAUCAGGUUGGGAAAUAGUAUCUUUUGUUAUUAUAAAUUGAUUAAUAAUGAACUUUAUAAUAAAUCAUUGUUAAGGGAACCUAAAACAUAUCUAAUCACAUCCUAGAGUAGUAUCCGUUUAUCCCCAUUCCACAAACUGAUUUAUUAUAUAGUUUAUGUUUAAACAAUAAUAACAAAAGGAUUGGAGUAAGUUGCAGCUUGUAUAUAUGUAUAUAGAUAAUAAUGUUUUAGACAUAGAUAUAAUAUUAUACAUGAACGUUGAUGAUAAUGUUUUCAAAGUCUCAUCAUAUUAAAUUGUUGGAGCAGAUUGUCUUCAAUGAUUCAAAUUGGUUAUGGAUAUUAACUAGUUGAAGCUUAACCGCCAUUUUGGUUAAUUUGAUGGCUUUUCUUGAAGGCUUAAAAUAGGAAAAUUUCUGUUGGCAUGUCAGUGAUAUAUAUUGUUUCGUCUACUUCAACGAACCGCAGCAUUUUUCUCUCCUCCUAUAACUCCAAAACACGAAAAAACAAAAUAACAAAACAAAAAAAACAUUUAGAGAAUCAAAUGUGACAAAGACAAAUACAAAGGAGGAAACAGAAGCAUGGAGAAUUCUCCUCGUUGUUUGGUUUCUCUUCUUUCAAUCCUACUCUUGUCUGGAUCCGCCUCGUCUCUCCACAUCUCUCUUGAUGAAUUUGAGUCACACCCAGCCACAAGCCGAGGUCUUCUUCAGGCAAAAACACCAUGCAAAGAAGAUUUUGCGAACAAGAAUUACACAAUCAUAACGAGUAAAUGCAAAGGUCCAAAUUAUCCAGCCAAGGCAUGUUGCUCCGCCUUCAAGGACUUUGCUUGCCCAUUCGCGGAAGCUCUUAACGAUGACAAGACAGAAUGUGCCUCUACAAUGUUCAGUUACAUCAAUAUAUACGGUCGUUAUCCUCCGGGAAUAUUCGCAAACAUGUGCAAAGAAGGCAAAGAAGGGCUCGAUUGUACCGACGUCAUGACCGCCACAUCAUCUUCUUAUGCAGCGAUCCCUCUUGUCUCCACACACGCAUUGCUUUUCACCGUUCUCUUGUUUUGCCUCCUCUAAAGACUUUUCCUAUAUAUGAAUUACCACAUGAGAUAUAUUAUAUAUGAACAUUUCGUUGUUAAUUAGUUGGUGAGCCACCCCGUUAAUUCUUUCAUGCAAAGUCAUUGAUGUACAUUUUUCGAUUUUGUUUUAGGCUCUCGUGAACUAUUUGUUUUUGUUUUUUCUUAUUCUUUUUAAGUAACAUGAAUUAUGCGGGGAUUGAACUUAUAGGGUCUCGCCCUCAAGAAUGCUAGUACCAAUUAAAGGGUACAUAUCCGAGUCCUCGUGAAGAUUUCGUUACACGUCACAAGACUAAUGUUUCAUAUACAUGCUAUGUGGAUCAUGAUAACAUUUUAGUAGUUUAAGGUUGAGUAUAAUCCCCAUGGCCUUAUAUAGCCAGUCGAACGAAGAUAGAAAAACAAAUAGGAACAUAAUAACAAAAAUAAAUAACAACUAAAAAUUAAAGAAAAUAAAUGGACUUCGAGCCUGGACGUUAGAACCACACAAAGGGUACAUGAUUGGUUUGAUCUGUUAAGUAAAGUUGGGUCUAUCAUUGCUUCAUUGCUUGCUAAGCCACACACUUGUAGAACAAUGCUACCAUUUGUGAGUUUGUAUUUUUAAGAAUAUAAAGUCAGCUUACGCCUCUUAAUUCCCAUUGUCACUGUUGGUAUUUUAUGCUCAUAAGUCAUAAUAUAAGGUUAUUUGUUUGGUGAAAUACGAUAAGGUUGAAACACUAAUGACGGGGGAACAACGGCAUUGAACAAGUGGAUCUGAUUAUUAUUUGACAUGUUGUAAAUCUCGAAUGCAAAUUGAUGCGAUCAUCUUUUCGUGGCGACGAUUAACGAAUCCCAACUCCAUAUGGUUAUUGGUGAUUUUCUCUACGUCAAAUUUAAUGUUACCACGUUAUUCUUUGAUAAAGACCAUAUUAUAUCUUGAAAUAUUAAUACUCUUCUCACUAUUUAAUUCAAAUUAUCAUCGGCCAUUUUCUUUUGUAAACAAAGGAACCUUCUGUAGCUUAUUUAUAAGACACUAGCAAUUCACCGGCCAAAACUUAUUCUAUAAUUCAUAUAUACCCGUAUUUUACAAUCAUGUAGGAAAUCAAGUAGCCAAAUGUAAACAUUUUACCACCCAAGUGAAGUGAUUGUGGAAUAUCUGCCCAGUAAUAUAA